GGCGGAGUGGACCAGCCGGUAACCAAUCAUCUGCAGAUUGCGCCAAGAAAAUCGGGGUUCUGGUAGCUAUUUCUGUGUGAACAAUGACCCUCGCAUCUGUCUCCCCAUCUCGGCAUCCACAGAUAGCUGUUCCAGCCCCCAAACCUCUCGAAGUAGCUCUAAAUGAAUGGCCUCCGCAUUACCCCGCUUCUUGAAGAAGCUGUUCGUUACAGAUUUCCACUCCCCAAUGAAAGGCAUCCCGCAAGAUAUUCCGAUGAAUCCAACAAGUUCCAUCCCUGUAGCGAACGAUGUGUGUAGUGCAGUUGCACCGCCUUGGCCGACUCCACCCAAAAUAAUCUUCUCGGUAUGCACAUGCUCCAACUCUCUCAGAAUCCAACGAAGAACAAACGCAACGCUAUCCUUCAGUCCCUUGUUCUGGAUAUUUUCCAUAGCUCUGGCCUUGUCAUUGUUCUACAUUUCGGACUACAUUUUAUCUAUAAUACCUUGUCUUUUUGCGUUGACUGAUCUGAGGACGUUGAAAGUUGGAAGUAUCCAUUUAAAGCCUGGGAACAGUGCUGGAAUGUUGCAGUCGGCUGAGCCCUUGGCGUCGAAGAGUUCGAUGCUAAAUUCUUCAGCGGUUUGGUGGCGGUCAUGGAGGAGGAUGACGGUAUGUGUAUGCAAUUCCGUCUGGGGAUAAAUCAUGGUUAUGUCUUCCUGACGCUCCCAACAUGUUGGCACGUAGGUUGGGUACGCCAUGGAUUCUGGGAUGGAAAAAUAUGGUGAGGCUGCUCAGAAUUAAUUUCAUAAAAGUAUCGAUGACUUCAAGUUGAUGCAGAGUGGAGUGAGAAAGCUGCAUUCUGCAAGGUGUGCAAGUACAUUGGGAAGGGGAGUGCUCCUGUAAGUGACUUCCGUUUGGGGUUGAACUCAACCAACGGUUUUGAGAAUUCGAGAAAACAUGAAACUUGAAAUCAAGUU